CACAUAAAUCCACAAUAAAUCUGUAAUUCGCGGGUUAUGAGCACAGAUUAAUCCGACACAGUUGGUUUUGAUUGGACCACGUUCAAGAAACCCGUUAAUCUGUGCAUUACAAUUACAAGAAGAGAAGAAAAAACAUAGCCAACCAAGUUUGGCUUUUCGACCACUUCUUCAAAUUCCCAUCGACAACAACCCCUCCAAAAUUUCUUUUCUCUCUUCUUCUUCACGAGGGUAAACUUGUAAUGUUCUUUUUUAUUUUCUCGUGAAGCACCUGCGUUUCUUUCCGAGGAAAAUUAUCUUGUCUUCCAAAAACCUUGGAAUAAUAUCGGGAGUACAAUUCAGGUUUUAUUUCUCAUUGAAACUGAGGCAUUGGGUUGAAAGGGAAAACUGGUUUAAUUUAAUCUGUGAGCUGAUUGCGUGACCUUGCACUUCAAUUUCAACAAUGGUCAACACGGGUUCAAUGCAAAUGUCUCCUGAUGUUAGGCUUAACAGUAAUAUUGGAUUCAGUUGUUUCCAUCGUAAUCGGAUGGGGGUUGGUCGAUUGCAUUUGGUCACCAUAAAUCUUUCACCAUGUAGUUUGAAGCAAGAUUCUUCAACGCUCCAUCUUUUAAGGAGAUUACACGCCCCAAUAAGGCAUGUGCCUUCCAGAUGUAAUGUUUUCAUAUGCCGGUCUGUCCUAAUACCAGGUGGAGGGAGUGGGACUCCACUCAUGAAAUCUGCUAGUGUUAUGUUAACACGGUCAUAUGAUGCUUUACAAGGAAGCCCUAUUCUGAUUCGAUUGAUCCCAGCCCUUGGUAUCAUUGCUUUUGCUGUUUGCGGUCUUGAGCCACUCCUUCGUCUUAGCAGGAUUUUAUUCCUUCAAAGGACUGACAGUAGUUGGAAGAAAAGUACUUCACGAUAUAUUAUGGCAUCUUAUUUUCAGCCAUUGCUGUUGUGGUCUGGGGCAAUGCUUAUAUGCAGGGCAUUAGAUCCACUGGUGCUACCAUCUGUGACCAGCCAGGUUGUAAAGCAGCGGCUGCUGAAUUUUGUGAGAUCUUUGUCAACUGUGAUCUCAUUUGCUUACUGUUUAUCAAGCUUAAUUCAACAAGCACAAAGAUUCUUUCUGGAGACAAAUGACUCCAGUGGUGCAAGAAAUGUGGGCCUUGAUUUUGCUGGGAAGGCAGUAUAUACUGCCGUAUGGGUUGCUGCUGUGUCAUUGUUCAUGGAGUUGCUAGGUUUCUCCACACAGAAGUGGUUAACUGCUGGUGGUUUGGGCACAGUGUUGCUCACUCUUGCAGGUCGUGAGAUAUUUACAAACUUUCUUUCAAGCAUAAUGAUCCAUGCUACUAGGCCAUUUAUUGUGAACGAGUGGAUUCAAACAAAGAUUGAAGGAUAUGAGGUUUCUGGUACAGUUGAGCAUGUAGGUUGGUGGUCACCAACCAUUGUGAGAGGUGAUGAUCGUGAGGCAGUUCAUAUUCCUAAUCAUAAGUUCACUGUAAAUGUUGUGAGAAAUCUGACUCAAAAAUCUCACUGGCGUAUCAAGAGUUACAUUGCUAUCAGUCACCUGGAUGUUAACAAAAUUAAUAAUAUUGUAGCUGAUAUGCGCAAGGUUUUGUCUAAAAAUCCUCAAGUAGAGCAGCAAAAAUUGCACCGAAGGGUCUUUUUGGAGGAUGUCAAUCCUGAAAAUCAGGCUCUUAGGAUAUUAAUAUCUUGCUUUGUGAAAACUUCCCAUUUUGAAGAGUACCUGUGUGUUAAGGAGGCAAUCCUUUUGGACCUUCUCAGAGUUGUCAGUCAUCAUCGAGCCCGGCUAGCCACUCCUAUCCGCACAGUUCAGAAAAUAUACAGUGAGGCUGACUCAGAAAAUAUACCAUUUGGGGACACCAUUUUCACUCGAUCCAGAGCAGCAAAUCGUCCAUUUCUACUGAUAGAACCACCAUAUAAAGUUAAUGGAGAAGAUAAAGUUAAGCCUUCAACACGUUCAAGUCGUCCAAAUGAGGAAAAAGAUGCCAAGAUUGAUGAAACAUUGGCAUCUGACACCAAAGGAGAUGAGAAUAUUGCAGCAACAUCAACCUCCUUACAUGGUGUGAACUCCAAGGAUAAAUCCAAGUCAACUCCUGAAACGCAAAUCCAAAACACGGGUUCUGAUAGCUCAGCUGCCAAAACCGUACAGCCUAAAAAGGAAAGUGCAGGAGAUACAGGAAAGGGAAGUACAGUUCCUGUUUCUAAAAACAACGCACAAAGUGCUGUGUCUGAAACUUCUGUUACUUCCCAUGAGACCACUUCUGCUACUUCUUCACAGUCAAAGCAAGAUGAAGAGAAAUCUGCUGUGUCUUCGGCAUCAGUUAGGCCUUCGUUGGAAGAGAACAUUCUUCUUGGGGUUGCUCUAGAAGGCUCAAAACGAACUCUUCCAAUUGAAGAAGAAAUGUCUCCAUCUUCUAUCCCUGCAGAGUCUCAAGAAUUUGCUGUCCAACGAAAUGGGAGUGGAGUUCCUGCUAGCAAGGAUAAGAAGGAUGGUCAGAUAUCUCCAUUUCCAACUAGCAAACAGAAUGACUAGAUUAGUAGCUAAAUAAACAGAGUAGAAGUUGAUACUUCAGUAUAUAUACCUUCAAUUGAAGCUAAAAAUGAUCCAGCUGUUUUUUUUUGAAGUUGGAAUUGUGCAUUGUAUUCUAAUUGCCCAUGUAUGUACAUAAUUAUCAAUUAAUGGUUUGCAUAGUUCGAAUUUGAUUUAAAUAUUUCUUUUCAUUGGCAGAUAAAUUGGAUGUGGAGCCUAUGUUUU